AAGAAUUGCCUAAAGUUCCAGAGCCAAUUCUCAUAUUCUUGCUCAUCUUCUGGCUUCCAAUUCCAACUUCAAAGCCAUGGCCGGCGUUCGCGUCUUCUUCUCCUUUCUAUUAUUUCUUCUUCUUCAUCUUCCCUCGGGCAGUUCAGUGAAUUUUCAGAUCUCUCGCUUUGGUCCUGAAGCCAAAAUAAGCUACCAAGGAGAUGCAGUACCUUCAGUUGGAGCCGUUGAAUUGAUCAACCAUGUCAUUUAUCUGUGUCGUGUUGGGUGGGCCGUCUAUCCGGAUAAAAUUCCUCUUUGGGACUCCAAAACGGGAAAGCUCUCCGACUUCACCACCCACUUCUCCUUCAUCAUUGACACGCGAGGGCUCAGCACAUAUGGGCAUGGCUUGGCUUUCUUCCUCGCUCCAGUUGGUUUCCAGAUCCCACCCAACUCGGCUGGUGGCUUCUUGGGCUUGUUCAACACCACAACCAGUGAUUUACCCACUAACCAAAUAGUUCUGGUUGAGUUUGAUUCCUUUUCAAACCCAGAAUGGGAUCCUCCAUAUGAACAUGUCGGGAUCAACGACAACUCCAUUUCUUCGGCUGUUACCACCCCUUGGAACGCUAGCUUUCAUAGUGGAGAUACAGCUGAUGCUUGGGUCACGUACAAUGCCACUACUAAGAAUUUGACUGUGUCUUGGUCCUACACAGCCACUGCCACUCCCAAAGAAAACUCCUCUCUUUCUUAUGAAAUUGAUCUAAAGCAGAUUCUUCCCGAGCGGGUAAUGGUUGGUUUCUCAGCUGCUACCGGUCAAAAUGUAGAGCGGCAUGUACUCCAAUCAUGGGAAUUCAGUUCAAGUUUAGAUGUAAAAGAGACUAGCGGAACAAAUGCGAGAAAUAUCGGACUCAUAGUUGGCAUAACAGUUCCAUUGGGAGCUUUAGUUUUAGGGGCAUUCACGUUGUGUAUGGUUUUGUGGAGGAGAAGAUCAGGGGUUAAAAGCAAAUCAGCCGAGGUGGUUAACCUAACAUCAAUCAAUGACGAUCUUGAAAGAGGUGCAGGUCCAAGGAGAUAUUCUUAUAGUGAUCUUGCUUCGGCUACUAACAACUUCUCGGAGGACAGAAAGCUUGGUGAAGGAGGAUUUGGCGGUGUUUACAGAGGGUACCUCAACGACCUCGAUAUGGUGGUAGCUGUGAAGAAAAUCUCAAGGGGUUCUAGACAGGGGAAGAAGGAGUAUAUGACCGAAGUGAAAAUCAUUAGCCGGCUGAGACACCGAAAUCUGGUGCAACUGGUGGGCUGGUGCCAUGACAAGGGAGAGUUUCUUCUUGUCUAUGAGUUUAUGCCUAAUGGAAGCCUUGAUUCUCACCUCUUUGGCAAGAAGAGCCCUCUCAAUUGGCCUGUGAGGUAUAAGAUAGCCCUUGGCUUGGCCUCAGGACUACUCUAUCUACAUGAAGAGUGGGAACAAUGUGUUGUUCACAGGGAUGUCAAGUCCAGCAACGUAAUGCUAGAUUCGAGCUUCAACCUCAAGCUUGGAGACUUUGGCUUAGCCAGACUCAUGGACCAUGAGGUUGGCCCCCAAACCACUGGCUUGGCCGGAACUUUCGGCUACAUGGCGCCAGAAUACAUAAGCACUGGCAGGGCAAGCAAAGAGUCAGAUGUUUAUAGCUUUGGAGUGGUGUUAUUAGAAAUCGUAAGUGGGAAAAAAUCUAUGGAUACCCGGGACGGUAGUACCCAAAUUGGGCUAGUGGAAUGGGUGUGGGAUCUAUACGGAAAUGGGCUGCUGCUUUCGGCUAUUGACGAGAGAAUGAAUGAGAAUUUCGAGGUGAAGCAAGUUGAGUGUUUGAUGAUUGUUGGGCUGUGGUGUGCUUAUCCCGAUCGAAGUUUGAGGCCAUCAAUAAGGCAAGCUAUUCAAGUGCUUCAUUUUGAGGCUGCGCUGCCCAAUCUUCCAUCAAAGAUGCCUGUUCCCGUUUACCAUGCGCCGGCUAGUAGGUCUACAACUAGUUCUAACGAGCCUUCAAUAACUUGCACAAGCAUUGAAAUGGGUCGUUAGAGAAUUUCAAGUUAAUUACAGGGGUCAUCCCCGGCCGCAAGGUAAAUGCCAGUGUAUUGUAAUAUAUAUGUUCGCGUUAAAAUAAAGCAGGCUUAGCUGUGGUUGACUAAUUGCACACGUAGUAGUAAUACAUUAACGUUGGGACAGCUAAUCUGUGGCUGAGAUUAAGACGACAACGUGAUUAGUUUGUGCGUGUGGAUUUUCUUAUUUUGUUUAUUCAUGUCGAUCUUGCAUUCGAGUAGUGUUGUUGACUUGUUUUUAUGCAUAAUUGAGGUAUCGUACAUGUAGACAAUGUUUUGCAUUCUUUCCUCUGAAGCAAGUUAUUUUAUUGUUAAAUAGAUGGAUGAUCUUCA